AUAAUCUCAGAAUGGAAUGCGAUUGCGUGGAAGUGACGUCGUGUGAGGGCAUUCCACAUCCGGUAACUCGGAAAAAGAGCGCCAAAGGUGUUUUUAAACUACCAAAAGUAACUGACAAAGUCGAGCCACUGUUCUGUUUGCCACCACAUUUAAUGCAAUGCACACGAUGCAAGAGGAAGCUUAAAGAACAGGAGCAACGUAAACUCCAAGAGACUUAUACGGGAAAACGACUAAAGACAGAAAACUUUCGUAGAUUCACAGUCAGUCUCGUCGUAAAACCUAAUUUACCAAAGGCAGAUAUAGAUUUAAUUGACGAUCAAGAGGUGAAUCGAUAUUACAAUUACAUUUGCGACGGGGUCGACACUGUCCAUACCGUACAGAUUCAAGAUGACGUGAUAGGGAAGAUAUUGAAUUUAGUGCCGUACAGUUUGACUGACCGUUUCAAUUACUGCACGGAAAGCCUAUUGAUCGAAAUCAAGGACAAUUUUACUAGGAAUAUUAAGAAAGCGAUAUUAGAACACGCCCUUAAAAGUUCUCUUCAAGAAGACUUACACGAGGAAUUAACCGGAAGCAAGAUAGUCGAGAUAAAACGUAUUUUCCCUCAAUUAACGACUAAAGUUUGCAGAUACCGUGAAUUUUUGCAAAAUAAUUUAUAUUUGAUAAAUCCAUGCAUGACGAUGACCUUGGACGAAUGGGUUCGCAAUUUUUACCACUUUCGACUGAUUAAUUUUAACGACAUCGCUGAACACGAGAACAGUUGGGACCUAAUAGAAUUCAAGGACACCGUUCUUCGUCAGAUCAGAAGAGCAAGACUGACCCUGACGAAUUCCUGGUACAGCGGAAUACAAGAUAUAUUUCUCGCGAACAAUAAGAAGAAUUUGGUUCCCAGUCCGCUGCAGCGUACACGAUUUAAAAGAUUCUUCGGAUGUAUAGCAAGAAUAAUGGAAUCGCAGCUUUUGUUCACGUGUAAACGUACUUUGAGCGACUUCAUGAAUUUAUUACUCCACGGCAAACCGGUCAAAUGCGAAUUUAACGUCAGCGCAGUUGUUCGUUCCGAACAGCUCGCGUUUAAUCCGUGCUUCGAGGAAUUCAAGCUGGGUCUUUGCAGCAUUUUGGACAGCGUAUGCGAAGCGGUUCAGCAGUUUGAUCAAUUAGAGAUUCAACUAUACUUGGAUUGGUCCAGUCCCGAAGAACUUUUGAAAGUACCUUUAAUGCACAGACUCUCAUUCUUCUUUCAUACCGAUCCUCCAUUUAAUAUCUGUAAUUCUCCAAAUUUAGCCGAGGAUAGAGCAACCCCGGGUAGAGAAGCUCAAACAGGAGAUUAUCGAUUUGAUCGAGCGAGAGAAGUUGACAUCCGUGGAGCUAUUACAUAA